AUGGCUGCUCAACCAAAAUACAGCGCUUGGCGCUUGCUUUACUUUAUCUUGCCGAGUGCAAUCACUGGCUUCGCUUAUGGCUGGGAGGUCGGCUCCAUGGGCGGUAUACUCGCCAUGCCACAAUUUCUGUCUUACUUCGACACACCAUCCAGCUUCUUGCAGGGUCUUAUGACAGCCGCACUAAUUGCUGGAGAAUUCUUUGGCUCUCUGGUCGUCGGCUUCACCAUUGCUGAUCGCUUCGGUCGCCGCGCCACUAUCAUAGGUUCAGCCAUUGUCUAUCUGAUCGGACAAGUGCUCGUUGUAGCUGCUCAGAAUCGGGGCAUGUUCAUAGCCGGCAGAGCAGUCAACGGCCUGGGCGCUGGCCCGCUUUUCCAGACCGUGUCAUAUUACACUGCGGAGAUCACGCCAGCCCACAUUCGAGGGAGAGUGACGUCGACACUCAAUUCCGGAAUCGCGGUCGGUCUCCUGAUCUCGUACUGGAUACAGUACGGAGCACUACACAUUCAAGGUAGUGGUUCCUGGCGAAUGUGCUUUGCACUACAGUUGGUGCCGGGAGUCGCCAUUGCGUUAUUGCUGUGCAAACGGCCCGAGUCCCCUCGCUGGCUGGUACAGCACGAUAAACACGAGGACGCCCUUAUUGUCCUCGCGAACUUGCAUGCAGAUGGCGACGUCAGCAAUGUCGUGGUGCGGUCGGAGUUCGAGGAAAUAAGAGUGGUAGUGGGCCUGGAGAAGUCCACCGCAGCGCCGUCGUACAUCACCCUCCUCUUUGGUCGAGACUAUCGUCGUCGUACAGCCCUGGCAAUGGGGCUACAAUGCAUGCAGCAAGCGUCCGGAGCGAACAUCGUACUCUAUUACGCUGCUAAGGUGUUUGCGCAGACAGGACGCAACGGGCCUUCUGCUGCACUCCUGGCGAAUGGCAUAAGUUCGGCUCUACUUUUGCUUGGAACAGUCUUACUGACGCUGUUGCUCGACACGUACGGCAGACGACGGCCAAUAUUCCUGGGUCCGCUAUGCAUGGGUACAUGUCUGGUCGUUGUCGGAUCAAUGCUGGUGAGCUUUGGAUCUCCACAUUUCGAUGAGGUCACCCAGGCGGUCCAAUUCUCCUUCAAGAACGUCCAAGCCGGCAACGCAGCUAUCGCGUUCAUGUUCCUCUUCCAAUUCUUCUUCGGCCAUCUCAGUAGCUCGAUUCCUUGGACCUAUCAAAGCGAAGUAUAUCCUGUCCUUGCGCGUGCGCGUGGGACAGCCCUUGCCGUUGCUGCAAACUACUUUACGAACUUCUGGCUUGGCCUCUACAUCCCACAAGGUCUGAACACAGCGUCUUGGCGUAUUUACUUCAUCUUCGCAGCGAUCAAUUUUGGCUGUGCAGUACUCGGCUACCUCUUCUUCCCUGAAACGGCGAAUCGUACUCUGGAGGAAUUAGAUCUGCUCUUCCUGCAUGAUCGUCGGAUCCUGGUGUGCCGAGACCCAGAUGCUUGUCGAAAAGGUGGGAUGCUUGAGACUCGCUUGGACGAAGAUCCAGAGAUGGUUGCACUGGAGUUGAGCAAGAGGCUUGGGAAGGAACAUGAACUUUUUAAUGGUAAGCAAUUGCAGUCCGUCGAGUAUGUGGACAAGGUCUGA